ACAUUUGCACUCUUCUUGCACUUUCAUCCUGUUGUUUUCUUCCCGAAAACGUUAACACUUGUUCAUUAAUCUGCUCUCUCUUUUUGCUGACAAGAAGAGCUACUCUUUUUUCGUUCGAUCCAUACCCUUACAUGAUCAGGAAUAUGAUGUGGGGAUGUCUCUGUUGCAUCUCCCAAGAAGAUCAUAAACCCCAAAUCAGUGUGAGCCAGAAUAGGGAUUACCCCUGGGAGAUAUACUCUCUCAAGGAGCUUCUCCAUGCAACCAACAACUUCCAUGACGACAACAAGAUCGGUGAAGGCGGUUUCGGGAGCGUCUACUGGGGUCGAAGUAGCAAAGGCAUAGAGAUAGCCGUGAAAAGACUAAAGGCGAUGAGUGCAAAGGCGGAGAUGGAAUUCGCGGUUGAGGUAGAGAUCUUGGGUAGGGUUAGGCAUAAGAACUUGCUGGGGUUGAGGGGGUUCUAUGCGGGCGGAGAUGAGAGGCUGAUCGUGUACGAUUACAUGCCUAAUCACAGCUUGAUCACGCACCUCCACGGCCAACUCGCCGCAGAUUGUUUGCUUGAUUGGUCUCGAAGGAUGAGCAUAGUCAUUGGAUCAGCUGAGGGAUUAGCGUACUUGCACCAUGAGGCCACUCCUCACAUCAUACACAGGGACAUAAAAGCGAGUAAUGUCCUCCUAGACAACGAUUUCAAAGCAAAAGUCGCCGACUUUGGCUUCGCAAAGCUGAUACCCGACGGUGUGACCCAUCUGACCACGAGAGUGAAGGGAACGCUCGGAUAUUUAGCACCGGAGUAUGCCAUGUGGGGUAAGGUCUCUGAGAGCUGCGACGUUUACAGCUUCGGGAUACUGCUUCUCGAGAUCAUCAGUGCCAAGAAGCCGCUUGAGAAACUCCCGGGAGGAGUGAAGCGGGAUAUCCUGCAGUGGGUCACCCCGUUCAUCCAGAAGAGCGCGUUCGACCAAAUCGCUGACCCAAGAUUGAAAGGGAAGUUCAACAUGAAUCAGCUCAAGGCGGCCGUGAUGCUGGCGAUGAGGUGCACGGACCGCAACCCCGAGAACCGACCCAACAUGCUGGAGGUGGUCCAAUGGCUGAAGGGCGGUCUAGGUAAAAGGACAAAGGAGAUAAAACAGACCAUAGGUGACACGACGAAAGAAGACGGAGAGGGAGGACAAGCAGAGGAAUAUGAGAUCGAUCCGGAUUAUGAGGAGUCCGGAAUGGAUAAUUCCAUCAAGAUAAGUACAUGGAGAGCAGCUGGAUCUAAAUUCAGAUGAAUAUUCUUUCGUUAAAUUUGUUGCGGGAUUUGACAAAAUUCUCUCUUGUGUCCAUUUUGUGUUCCUUAAUUUAAUAAAUGUAUCGACUAUCGAUCGGUUAUGUAA